AUGAUGCCAAGUAAAUUUUAUAAAAGAAGUCUAAGUACCAAAAAUGAAGAUAACUCUAAAGAAUAAACAAUCUUUAAACAUCAUUAAAUUAAUCUUACUCCAAUCAAAAAAAGAGUCAAUCUAAGUAGAAUAGAUGGUUAUGAAAACAUUGUUUCUUAACUCUAUACUCCUAGACAAAUUAAAAAUAUUGGUUAUCCUCCUAAAAUUUUUAAAUAAAGUGCUUAUUUAGAAGAAACUCCAUUUAAUAAUAUUGUUUAAGGUUAUUUUUUACCCACUCCUAGAAAAACUUAAUUAUAAAUUAACAAAAUUAUCACUGAACCUACCACUUUUAAUAAUAGUCCUAUUAAGAAAUAAGAAAAAAAUUAUAUCAUUUUAAAAAAUAAAACUGAUUAAGAGUAUGAUCUAGAUAGAUAAUUGAAUAUCCCUUAGAAAAUUAGAUUAUAUUUUAGUUGUCAAAAAUUACAAAAAAGAUUCUUUAAAUUAUAAGAAUUACUCUCAUUUAUAAGUAUUAAAUCUAUUUUUUAAUAUUUGAAUGAUUAAAAUUCAAGUAUUAUUGAUUAUAUUGCAGUAAUUAUUAUACUAUAUCUUUUUUUAGGAAUAUGAUGUCUAAUACAAGUAAUUCAUUUUAACUGAAUUUCUAUGUAUUAUUUUGUACUUUUUAAUUAAAUACAAUUUAAUAUAGAGAGAUGAAUUGACUAGAUUAGAAAAACUAAUUCUUUAUUAACAUUAAUAAAAUGCCUGUAAUGUUAUUCAUAAACUUUAAAUUCAUGUUCCUGGAUUUAAAACUUAUAUGCAUUUGUUUUUUUAACUUCAAUAAGCAAAUCCAGUAAUUCCAAAGCAAAUAGAUUUACUAAAUAAAUAUAUUGAUAAAACAAUUGAUGAUUUAAUUAAGUACUAAGUAAUUGAUUUAUGAAGAACUAUUGUUAAUUCUUAAUUGCAGCAACAUAUUAGAGAAUUCUUGUUUAUGAAAAUUGAACAAAAAACAAGUGAUUUCAUAGAUAAAUUGAAAAAGAUAAUUGAAUCAAUACAAGAAUUUCUUUAUUUUUUACCUAAAAAUGAAAAAGAAUAUACUUUAAUAUUAGAUUUGGAAGAAACUUUAAUUCAUAUAGAUAAUAAUAAUAAUGGAUAAAUAAAGAAAAGGCCAUAUUUAUAAGAGUUUCUUGAAGAACUCAGUAGAUAUUAUGAAAUUGCUGUUUUUGGUCAUCUUUCUUAAAUUGAAAUUGACAAGUAUUUUAAUAUUAUUUUAUUAGUAUUAUUUAAUAAUUAGAUUGUAAUUAAUUUAUCAAACAUAAGCUUAAUAGAAAUCAUUUAAUGAAAUAUGAAAAAGUAUUAAUUAAAGAUUUGACAUUGUUGGGUAGACCUGCAAAUAAGUAUAUAGUUGUUGAUAAUGAUCCUUUUAAUUUUCUACUCAGUCCUUAAAAUGGUAUUUAAAUAAGAUCAUGGUAUGGCGAAUAAGGAGAUCAUGCAUUAUUAGAUUUAUUACCUUUUUUAGGAGAUUUACGAUUAUAUAAAGAUGUUAGAAUUGGAUUAACAUAAGUCAAAACAUACUCUCAAUAUUUUUUUGUACCUUAAUGA